AUGCCGCCGCCCGCCGUCCGGCUGCUGUGGCUGGGUCGGGCGCCGUACGCCAAGCUGCUGGCGCUGCAGGAGAGCUGGCUGCGCAGGCUGCAGGAGCCUGGCCCCGAUGCCGGGUCGAGCUCCGAGGCGGGCGCGCUCCUGCUCUGCGAGCCUGCGGGGCCCGUGUACACCUCCGGUCUGCGCGGCGGCCUGACCCCCGAGGAAACGGCGCAGCUGAGGGCUCUGGGCGCCGAGGUGCGCACGACAGGCCGCGGCGGCCUGGCCACCUUCCACGGCCCGGGUCAGCUGCUCUGCCACCCGGUGCUCGACCUGCGGCGCCUCGGCCUGCGCCUGCGCACCCACGUGGCGGCGCUGGAGAAGUGCGCGGUGCGCCUGUGCGACCUCUGGGGCCUGCGGAACGCCCGCGCGCGGCCCCCGCCCUACACCGGAGUCUGGCUGGGUGAGCGCAAGAUCUGCGCGAUCGGUGUCCGCUGUGGAAGGCACAUCACAUCCCACGGCCUGGCUCUCAAUUGCUGCACGGACCUUACAUGGUUUGAACACAUUGUGCCCUGUGGACUGGUUGGGACAGGUGUCACUUCCCUGAGUAAGGAGCUCCAGAGGCACGUCUCUGUGGAUGAAGUAAUGUCACCUUUCCUCGAGGCCUUUAAGGAGACCUACAAGUGCACUUUGGUCUCAAAGGACCACAACUAAAAGGCAUUCACCCUAUCACUACCCAGGUAGUCUUUUCCUGGAAAGCAACCCAAUCUAACUCCAGUUGUCAGAGUCCAGAUUCAGGAACUGGUUGUCAUUCACUGAUUGUAAGAUGAAAAGCAAGAUUAUGAGCCAUGAACCAUUGUUUCCUUAUGUACCCUGAUUUAUUUAUAUCAUCCCUACCUGCCUCAGAAACAUUUGAUAUGGAAACACUAUGAAAAGCAGCAUGCUCUAUAAAGCAUUGGCAUGACUAUCAACACUCAUUUUUCAUCUUAGAGGAACUCAGAUGUCACAGUCAUUCUUCAAUUACUUUUCUUUUUUGUCCAAGAACAAGACUUAAACCUUACUAUAUCUGACCCUUUUGCUCAUUUGCCAUUGCUCUACCACCUGAGCCAUGCCUCCAACGUCUUUACUUUUUCAGUAUUGUGUCUAAUUGAGGAAUUUUGGUCUCUACUUUUUUUGACUUUGUGGGAAUCAAAUCUCGCAGUAUAGGGAAAAGCUUCAAAGAAUGAGUGGGAUAUGUCUUUCUGGGUUAGAGUCUCUAAACUUGGUAAUAUUCCUAAGUUUUCUUGGAGUUGCCAGGUAGGCCAGAAGCUACAGGAAAAACAGGAAUGAUUUCUCACACUGGCCAAGUGCUGAAGCUUUCUUAGAUGAGAUACCUAACUUUGUAAGGUUAUGUAUAAUCUUUUGCUGGGUAACAAAAUCGAAGCUUACCCCCCAAAUAAACAAAGCUUAGUGACUUUA